CGGAGCCAACAUAUCCACAGAUAUCCUUGAAGGCGGAAGGCGCAGCUAUGAAGGGUGCUUAUACAGUGCCCCUGCAGAUUCGUAGAUACAUAUCUUCGAGGGCGAAAGGCUCAGUCACAAAGGAUGCUGAGUUGAAUCCGUCUUUUGGGCUGUUUCAGGGCCCCAGGGAUCAAGCCCCAUCUCAGGCUUUCGAUGUCGCCAGUCAAAAGGGAUGAUCGAGCCCCCCCUUGGGUAGUCCUCCGGUCUUCCUUCGCUGGGGUCUCAGCCUGGACAAACAGAUCGCUCCCUCCAUUAUACUUACUAGUAGGAUUAUGAUAAGACGAAGGCCCAUCCUCCAGCCUGACCGCUCGCAUACAUACCAGUCGACUCAGGAAAGCGUUCUUCGCACAUACCAGAACAACAUGACGACCACUGCUGCUUUCUCCCUGGAAGACGAGGCGGGACUGGCCGGCAGGACUGUACUGUCGGAUCUGAAGACGAACCAAAUACCCUAUGAUGCCUCAGACAGUGACAUUGAUGAGGCGCGAGUUUUCUUCCAAGAGGCUUGGCCUAUGAUACUGGCUGGCACACCGUUGUCCUUGCCUUUGACCUUGAGCAGAGGAGCAGCGCUGGCCUCGCGAGAGCUCCGCAGGAGUCUAGGUACACUCCAGCUACUUUCACAAGCCGACACAGGAUGGGGAGACGAACACGUCGAGCACGAUACCAGUUCAAGUAAAGGCAAAGGCAAGGCGACUUGGGACCCUCAGUCAACCGGGCAGAGCGAAGGCCUCACAAAGAAGGAUACUGCCGCUCAGCGUUAUAAGACCCUUGAGAGCUGUGUAGCGAAGCUUCGCGAUGCACUUUGUGCAUGGCACGUAUCUCUGCUGACGAACCCAGAGAAGUCAAAAGCAGAUUUUGACGACAAGCCAGAGUUCUUCCAAUUUCUAGCCACGGAGAUAGCGAAUGAGCGGCUGGAUCCCGAAGGCGACUAUGUGGCCUUGGAUGAGGGCGCUCCGGGUCCAUCUGUGGGUCAAGGAUCAGCUCAUCUCUUCCUCGAGAAUCCUACCGAUGACUUUGGGGACCAGAGCGCUCUGUUGAGAUGGGCCAUGGAUUACCACGACCUAUUCGGUAACAUGGACUCACUUUGCAAGGCUGAGGUUCUGCCUCACGAACACGAGAUGAACGUGUCGGCUCUGAUUCCGUACGUGAACAAUUACAAUGACAGAGCCGCGGCGAGCUUGGGGUUUGACACUGGAGGAGAUGCCAGUAGUGACGCCAUCGCAAGGGGAGCGGGGAUUGCCCAGACGCUUGGUCUGAAAUUUGAACAAGGAGAAUAGAGGCUCCAAGUAAAGACGAAAGUCUUGCCAGUGGGUAGAGAUGCAUGCAUCAUGCAUCCGGGC